AUGAAAGCCACUACAAAGGAACAAGUGUUUGGAAUACUCAAGGAUGGCUUCCUGUCUGCACUGUGCUCGCUCUUUCAGCUGGAUCCUGCACUAGCUGAGGACUCACGGUUUCUUGAUAACCCACUCGAUGGCUUUGGAGUGGACUCCCUCCUUGCUGUAGAGAUCAGAACAUGGUGGCUGAAAACGUUACAAGUCAAUAUACCCGUCAUGAAAAUCCUCUCUGGGGUUACAGUGCGGGACAUUAUCGAAUUUGGCGUAGAGGGGCUUUCCCAAGAACUAACACCGAACCUUGCUGAUCAGGAGGAGACUAUCGUGGAGAACGGCAAUGUAGGAGGAGAAAUUCAAGAUGACAUUCAGUUACAGAAUGGUACUAAUUCUAACGAAGCCACGUACGUCAACCAAAUGCGGCAACUUCCUGCGGUCAUCCGAUUAAUGGAGCUAUCUUUCAACCAGCAACUAUAUUGGUUCGGUUUAACAUCUAUGCAGGACAAGACCGCAUUAAACCACACGGCAUGUUAUCGCGUCAACGGCAAGCUCCGUAUAGAGAGCCUCGAGCGUGUGAUUCUUCAUCUUGGACAAGUGCACGACGCCCUACGAAUGUGCUUUCGAACGUCACAGGGGCAAACGAGCCUAGGAAUUGUCGAAUCAUGCACUCUGCGUGUAGAGCAACAACAAGUCACAAAUAGAGCGGAAGCGGACGCCAUCGUUCAAAAGGUGCAGGCAACCCCUUACGACUUAGAGUAUGGAGAAACUGUACGUAUAAUUGUAUUGUCUCUAUCAGAAACGGAGCACUACUUGGUAACCGGCUCACACUCUCUUGUUUUGGACGGUCUUUCCUCAAUCCUCUUGCUGCGACAAAUUGCACAGUUGUAUGAGGACGAGUCAUGCUUAGAAAAGGCCGACAUUUAUCAGUACUCCGAUUGGGCAAGCGCGCAACUUGAAGCCUAUAAGUGCGGCAGCUUUGAAAGUAGCCUGCAAUGGUGGAAAAAACGGUGGACAACCUGUCCGCCCCCGUUGCCCAUGCUUCGAGUCGCAUGUUCCAAGACCAGACCCUUGCUUGGCGACUACGACAACGUCCGCGCCGAGGCGCUCAUAAGCAAGGCAAUCAAAUCUCGCAUAUGGUCAGUCUGCCGGCGGAACAAGACCAGGCCAUUUCACUUCUUCCUGGCAGCCUUCCACGCCCUUCUCGCUCGACUCUCCGACGCUGAAGAGAUUGCAAUUGGAAUCAGCGACUCAAAUAGACCACAGCAAGGCACUAUGCAAUCUUUGGGUGCAUUUGCAAACAUUGUGCCAAUCCGGGGCUCCUGCGAUCUAUCGCAACGUUUUAAUACCGUCAUGAAAGACUAUGGAGAGAAGGCUGCUGCUGCUUUGCAACACUCUAACGUACCAUUUCAUCUUCUUCUGUCAAAGUGA